GUAGGAAGUGCAGACAGAGUAGCAGAGACUAUUAGCUGCAAGUGAACGAGAGGAUGUUUUGAACGUGCCUCAAAAGGAGACGGAUUUAUUCUUAAUUUUUUAAUCCGAUGUGUGAACUCAUCUGUUUAGGAUUCUGUCAUCCGUUUCUUUUGCUGACCACGCCAAAAACAGCGGCAUCAUGGAGCACAUCCGCACACCAAAGGUAGAACAAGUAAAGCUCCUGGAUCGCUUUAGCAACAAGUCCACCACAGGAACCCUGCACCUGACGGCCACACAUCUGAUCUUUGUGGAGAGUAAUACAGCCAGUGCCCAGGAGAUAUGGAUUCUGCAUCAUCACAUCGCUUCUGUGGAGAAGCUUUCUCUCACGACUACUGGCUGUCCACUCCUCAUUCAGUGCCGGAAUUUCCGGGUUGUCCACUUUGUCAUUCCGCGAGAACGUGAUUGCCACAACAUCUACAGCUCUCUGCUCAGGCUGCUGAGACCAGUGUCCUAUGGUGAGUUGUAUGCAUUCUCCUACAAUCCAAAGCAGAACGACCAACAGAGAGAGGAAGGGUGGCAACUCAUAGACCUCGGAGCUGAGUUUGAGCGAAUGGGUGUACCAUGUGACCAGUGGCAACUGACAGACGUUAACAGGGAAUACAAGGUGUGUGAAACAUAUCCAAGAGACUUAUACGUACCCAUUACGGCCAGUAAACCCAUCAUUGUCGGAAGCUCCAAGUUUAGAAGUAAAGGCCGCUUUCCUGUCCUAACGUAUUUCUACCAGGAGAAGAAGGCGGCUGUGUGCCGGUGCAGUCAGCCUCUCUCUGGCUUUAGCGCACGGUGUUUGGAAGAUGAGCACAUGCUUCAGGCCAUCAGCAAGGCCAAUCAUAACAGCCGAUAUGUCUAUGUAAUGGACACACGGCCCAAGUUGAAUGCAUUGGCGAAUCGUGCGGCAGGCAAAGGCUACGAGAAUGAAGACAACUACUCUAAUAUCCGCUUCCAGUUUGUGGGCAUUGAGAACAUCCAUGUGAUGAGGGGAAGUUUGCAGAAGCUUUUGGAAGUGGUAGGAACGCGCUCCCUCACCAUGUCUGAUUGCCUGGUUGGAUUGGAAAGCAGCGGAUGGUUGCGUCAUAUCAAAGCCAUCAUAGAUGCAGCUAGAUUCCUUGCCAAGGCUGUGACUGUAGAGGGCGCCAGUGUUUUAGUGCACUGUUCAGAUGGAUGGGACCGCACGGCUCAGGUCUGUUCUCUGGGCUCUCUGUUGAUGGAUCCUUACUACCGCACCAUUAAAGGUUUCAUGGUACUUAUUGAGAAAGACUGGAUCUCUUUUGGACACAAGUUUGCAGACAGGUGUGAUCAGUUGCACGGUGACCAUAAAGAAGUAUCGCCCAUUUUCACUCAGUUCCUGGAGUGUGUAUGGCAGCUGACUGAGCAGUUUCCUCAGGCCUUCGAGUUUAGUGAGUGGUUUCUCAUUCAGAUCCAUGAGCACGUGCACUCCUGCCAGUUUGGCAACUUUCUGGGCAACAGCCAACGCCAGAGAGAGAAACUUCAGUUAAAAGACAGGACAUAUUCUUUGUGGGCUCACCUGCUGAGUGAAAAGCAGAAUUACUUAAAUCCUGUGUACAGUGUGAGCUUUGCAGAAUCACACCCAGUUUUGGAGCCAUCCACCCAAGCCUACUACUUCAAGUUUUGGAGAAACAUGUACCAUCAAUACGACCGUUCCAUGCACCCUCGACAGUCCAUUCUUAAACACGUCCUAACCUUGAAAGAGAGCAACCAAGGGCUACUAGCCACAGUGCAAGCCUUGAAGACUAAGCUGCAAAAGUUUGGGGUGACCACAUCUCCACUGGAGCCUCGGACACCUCCCAGGGAGCGUAGUUUCCCUCCCCGACCUCAGUCGCUUAUCCUGGGGGCCCCUCUUCACAGCCGGAAGGAUGUGCAGCAGGAGGAGGAGGUGUUUGGAGUGGAGGCCAUGGAGGAUGCUCCAGCAAGUGCUGGUGGGGAACGGACUGUAGAGGGAAGCAGUGCCACAGAAAAUGGCUAUGGAGAGCUGCCUGGAUCCUUUGGUUCCAAGAGUGAGCCAGCAGUGGUCACCUUGGAGUUUGGAGUGGCCAGAAUGACCUGCUAAGGACACCAUUGAACACCUUUUUUUUCUUUUUCUCCCAACUUGGAAUGCCCAAUUCCCAAUGCGCUUUUAAGUCCUCGUGGUCACGUAUUGAUUCGCCUCAGUCUGGGUGGCGGAGGACGAAUCCCAAUUGCCUCUGCGUCUGAGACCACCAACCCUGAGACCACCAACCCACGCAUCUUAUCACGUGGCUUGUUGAGCGCGUUGCCACGGAGACAUAGCGUGUGGAGGCUUCACGCCAUCCACCGCGGCAACCACGCCCAACUCACCACGCCUCACCACGCGCCCCACCGAGAAUGAACCACAUUAUAGCGACCACUAGGAGGUUACCCCAUGUGACUCUACCCUCUCUAGCAACUGGGCCAAUUUGGUUGCUUAGGAGACCUGGCUGGAGUCACUCAGCACACCCUGGGAUUCGAACUAGCGAACUCCAGGGGUGGUAGCCAGCGUAUUUUUACUACUGAGCUACCCAGGCCCCCCCUGAACACAUGAUUUAAAGAAUUAAGGAAUCUUAGGGGACUGGAAACAUGUAUGAUUUGUAUAUUCUGUUGUGAGAUGGAUGAAGUAUGUUUGCGAGUGUGUGUGUGUGUGUGUGUGUGUGUGUGUGUGUGUGUGUGAGCAUGUGUGUAUGUGUGUGUGAGCAUGUGUGUAUGUGUGUGCGAGCAGUUGUUUACUCUACGUGAAGGCACUGCACUUGUCAUGACCUCCAUAUGUACGACAGACAAAGAGAUAAAUGGAAGGGCAAAUCUGUCAAUUCAAUUGUUAUAUCCAUCAUCUGCAUUUAAAAAAAGCUUUUUAUUUUUUUUUUUUUGCUGCUCAUUUUUAAAGGAUGGCAAUAGCACUAAUAAGAAAAAAGAUUAAACAAAAAGCUGAUGAA